AUGCUCUCUGUGCGCCCGGGCGACGAGAGAGACAUGACAUCCCUGAUCGUGGCCGAACUAAGCCUGGUCUCAGGCAAGGCUCCCGGCCUGAUGACGGGCGUAGACCGCGGCAUUGGCAUUGGCAUUGGCAUUGGCACGAUGCACCAGAGCUUCGCCGGCCAGGGCCAACCAUCGGGACUUGCUUACUCAUCAGCCAUCCGCAUCCGCUUCUCGUCCAUUGAGCUUCAACAUAACCCGCACGACGUCUACAAGGACAAGCUUUCGCAACAGCUUAGCUUGAGGAAUCGCCAUUGUCAUCCAGAGCCAAGAUUCAUAAUGGGUCUCGAAGUUCCGUCCUAUGUCCUGGGCGCCCUGACGGCGUCGGGCGGUAUCAUGGGCUAUGCGAGGACGAAGAGCUUGCCAUCAAUAGUCGCGGGGUGCACCGUCGGCUUGCUGUAUGCGCUUGGCGGAUAUCGCACGCAGAAUCAUGAGCCCUACGGCGUCGAACUCAGCCUCCUCGCAUCCAUAGUCCUGGGUGGCUCGUCGAUUCCUAGGGCGAUCCGGCUGCGAAAACCCGUCCCGGUGGUUCUCAGCAUCCUGGCAACCGUUGGCGCGCUGAUCUUUGGAAACGGGGUGUACCAGCAGAGUAAAUAA